GUCGUGCAUCACCCGCAGCUCCAAUUUCCUAAUCCUCCUGACGGAACGCUGCGCGAGCUGCCGCCGCGACUCACCACCCUUCGCUCUCGUCAACCGCCUCAUCAUGUCCGAGGUGCAAUCGUAUUCGUCAUGCCUUUGCCAGAUCUGACCCUUCGACGGAUCAAUACGUUGGUCAGAUCCCAUCAUCCGAACUUCAUCUGCCACCAAAUCAUUCCACUACUACCCCCGAAGACCGCGAUGGCGGACGAUGGGAAGAACAGAGUCCCCUCGGAUUCAGCAACGAGUCAACAGAUAGUGGAGCCGGAGAAGAAGCCCGAAGGUUCGAAGGAAUCAAUUCCUGCACCGCCGGAAAAGCCACUUCCGGGCGAUUGUUGCGGCAGCGGAUGCGUCAGAUGCGUUUGGGAUGUAUAUUAUGAAGAGCUGGAAGAGUACAACAACAAUAAGACCAGCCCUGAUUCUUCUUCAAUUAAAGGCUCCUAAGCCUUGCUCAAGUAUUUGAUUUUUAGACAACCUCAUUUAUUAUUACUACGUAUUAUUUAUGUAUAGAAAUUAUUUGUGAUCCCUAUAUUUUCUCCUAAAAUAAUUACUUGCGCUCAAGUUGGCCGUGUUAUAGGUAACAAUGUGAGAUUGAUUUUAGAAAAGUAAUGUUUUGGGAGUUUUCUGGAGUAGUAUAUUAAGGAAUUCUAAUUCAAGGUAUAUGAGCAUGCAUAGUCCAGC